ACCACUACCCUCCAACAGCAGAUACAGAGGUAGUCGUCAACAUGCCUCAGAACGAGUACAUCGAGCGCCAUACGAAGCUGCAUGGCAAGCGCUUCGACCACGAUGAACGCCAGCGCAAGAGGAUCGCUCGUGAGGGCCACAAUGCCUCGAAGAAGGCACAGAACUUCCGUGGCCUACGCGCGAAGUUGCACGCCGAGAAGCGCAGGAAAGAAAAAAUCCAGAUGAAGCAGAAGAUCCGCGCCCACGAAGAGCGCAACGUCAAGUCAAACGAAGCGCCCGAGCCCGCCACCGAAGCUCUUCCAUCCUACCUGUUGGACCGAUCAAACGAGAAGAAUGCCAAGGCUCUAUCUUCAGCCAUCAAGCAGAAGCGUAACGAAAAAGCCGCACGAUUCUCAGUUCCGCUGCCAAAGGUCAAGGGAAUUUCCGAGGAGGAGAUGUUCUCCGUGGUUAAGACGGGAAAGAAGACGAAGAAGAAGUCGUGGAAGCGAAUGAUCACCAAGCCGACAUUUGUUGGUCCUGGCUUCACCCGUCGACCUGUCAAAUACGAGCGCUUUAUUAGGCCCAUGGGUCUGCGUUACAAGAAGGCAAACGUCACGCACCCCGAACUCAACGUUACUGUCCAGCUGCCAAUCAUAUCAGUAAAGAAGAACCCUCAACAACCCAUGUACACACAACUAGGUGUCCUAACCAAGGGAACCAUUAUCGAAGUAAACGUUUCCGAGCUCGGUCUCGUGACCGCCGGAGGAAAAGUCGUAUGGGGACGAUAUGCACAAAUCACAAACAAUCCCGAAAACGACGGAUGCCUGAACGCUGUCCUGCUCGUCUAAACUAGGUCCCAAAACGACUAAAAGAGGCGAUAGAAAGGAGGAAGGGGUGAGCGAGCGACACGGGUCACUGCAUAUCACGGCGUUAGGGGCGGCGGCGGCGCAAACUGGACCUUGCCUUUGGGCUUUGCACAAAAAGAAUUCCCGCAGGCGUUUUUUCUUCCAGGGCCCCCGAAGAAGAGAACAAGAAAACAAGAUGAGACUGGUUGGACGAAAAAGGGCUGGCUGGCUGCUAGAGGCAUGUGUAUGCAACGUUGGGCUGAGAUUGGGGGAGGUGCUUGCUGCCGAGAGCAUAUGCAGGUGUGAAUGCUUUGAGAGUAGCGUGUUGCUUGCUUGUGCGAAGCGCUGAACAUAUAAUGAUACCAUAUCACCCCA